GUGAGGAUGGUUUGCUGUUCUGAGCUCGCAAAGAGUUGAAGCAGGCCAAUGUGUAUUCACUGCCAAAAAAGACAAAAAUCUGCAUGUAAGUGUGAGUCAGCCUGGAGCCAGCAGUCUGCCAGAAGUUAAGGACCGACUCUUUGACCUCCCUCCCCCUCUCCGCUGUCCUGCCCGAACGUGCGGACCGAUCUUCUCCCCCCUGUGGCUGAUCAGCAUGACAAAACACUGGCCGGAGCCUAGCCUCUUGGCACAACCUUCUCUGCCCCACAUCGGAGAGCAUCAGGGCCAUCAACUUGACUUCCACAGAAAUGUUCAGCAGAGUUUUCCUCCAGGCGUUGUAGCGCGGAGCAACGCAGCCCAGCAUUGGCCUCACCAGUACCCGGGUCAUAUGGUUCCACAACAACUGCCGCGCUUGGAGAAGUCCGGAACGCGCCCCGAACACUUCACCAGUGACACGGCAUUUAUGGAUAAAGUCUCACCACCAACAGUCCCGAAUCCUGAAGAUGCCAACUUCAGGCAGGAAUCUAUUAACCGGGACUCGUGGAACAGUGAAGGGGACAAGAGUGGGACCAGCGGUGGGAAGAAAAAGAACUAUCAGCGGUAUCCGAAGCCUCCCUACUCGUACCUCGCUAUGAUUGCAAUGGUCAUCCAAAGGUCCCCAGAGAAGAAACUCACGUUAUCUGAGAUCCUGAAGGAGAUCAGCACCCUCUUCCCAUUCUUCAAAGGGAACUAUAAGGGCUGGCGAGAUUCUGUGCGACACAACCUCUCCUCUUACGACUGCUUUGUGAAGGUACUGAAGGACCCAGGGAAGCCUCAAGGCAAGGGCAACUUCUGGGCGGUGGAGCUGAGCCGUGUUCCUCUGGAGCUCCUUAAGAGGCAAAACACGGCAGUGUCCCGCCAAGAUGAGACCAUCUUCGCCCAGGACCUGGCCCCCUACAUCCUGCAGGGGCACAAGCCAGAAUCUGAACCCCCCACUGCCCCAGACCCCACCCUACCUGCGAUGCGCUCCAGAAACCCCUCUCCACCGCAGGAGGAUUCGUUCCGACCUAAACUGGACUCCUCCUUUGCCAUCGACUCUCUACUGCACAGCCUGCGGCCUCUGAGUGCCUCUGGAGAUGUGGAUGUGUCUUCUAGGGAUUGCUGGGGCAAACUUGAUCGGACCCGUUCCUCACCACCUCCCCGUCCUCGCUAUGCCUCCUCUGCUCGUAGCGCCUCGGCAAGCUCUGCCAGCCCAGCGUCCACUUCCUCCUCCUCUUCCGAUGAAGAAUGGAAAGGCAUGUCUCUGUCUGGUAAGCGCGUUCCUCAGGAUGGUGAGGCUGGGUCAGACGGUUAUGAGGACUACAGACCUCCUCUUCACAAAUCAGCCAGACGGGAGACUGUUGCACCUCCAUGGGAGCUUCCCACCUCCUAUGCCAAAUAUGCUCCUCCUAACGCUGUUGCUCCACCAAGCAUGCGAUUCAAUGGAGGCCCUCUGAUGCCCCUACAUGGUGGACUUCCUCUUUAUGGCUACGGUAGCUCUCCUGUUGCACCUGGUCACUUUAUAAGUCAUGCUUAUUGGCCUAUCCUCCCUAACGGACAUGUUUCUGUCCAAGCCCCGCCCCUCAUCAUGGACCUGGACAACAUGUUGCAAUCUGUUCCUCCGAAUAAAAGUGUGUUUGAUGUGUUGGUACCAAGCAAUCAGAACUCUGUCUCACAUCAUCAACCACCCAGUCAAUACAGCUUGCAGAAUGGACAUCCCCUAAACAGGUAUUCUCAGUACUGACUCUUAAAAACAGACUUCUUCACUUCUACUCAGCCCAACUGUAAGUAAAAAUGCACAGAUGCUAAGCAACUAUCAUGAAGGAUGGGGAGUGUAUCAAGAUCCACAAGAACAAACAUUCCGGCAGCAAAUUUGUCCAAAACAAGAGUCCAGCCCAGGAAACAUUUACAGGAGACAUGCAAAAGGGUGCUGAUUCACAUAAGAUGAAGUUGGGGAUGUUGUCUUUCUUAUCAGUAUAUAUGGAGUGGUUUCAUAGGAUAAAUCUACCUAAAUCAGCUAUACAACAAACAAAUAUCUACCUCAAUCUUACGACACAAUUUAUGUGUGUAUACUGCCAAUAAUAUUUGCACUGUUUUUUUUUAUUGAUACAAAUACAUGUUUUCUACAUAAUUGACUGAAGUUUAGUCAUUUGAACAACUUAAAGCUGUAAGGUUGACUUUAUAUGCUAUCAACAGAAUUUUGCAGUAUCUUUUUCAAAGUCCUGUAUCCUGCCAACAUUUUAAACACAACGUUGGAUUUGUUGUAGUUGAAAAAAUCUUAGUAAAAGUCUAAAAUGUUCCUAUGUCACGGUGUUUCUGCGUUCAGAUUUAAUGACUUACAGCAAGAGUGUCAUUUUUUGUUUGUUCAGAACACUAACACAUGGGACAAGUUGUUUACUAUAAGGUUUUAGUCUUGACAUAAUUGGACUGUCUGCAUUGUUACACAUGAAUAAUAUCAUAAUUAACCUGAAAACAGCAAUACUGCAAAUAGGCUAUAACUGGCAUUUUCAAUGUUUUUUUAUCUUGUGUUUACAGAUUCCAGUGUUUCAAAACCUAUGUUAAAUAAAAAAAUAUAUUUUUAGAUUUAUAUGCAGUCUGUUAAAAUGCUGCAAGUUGUCAGACCACUGGAGACAAUCAACCACUGUGCAACCACCAGUAUCUACCUCAUGUUUUUAAUGGACUGUGACAUGUUUCCUGUGGAGUCUGCUCUGCUGUUUUUUUUUUUUUUGCACUAUUCAUGUUAUUGUGAUGAUCAUCCAAAGGAUAUUGUUUAUAAGUGUCUACCUACCUUGACAAGUGAAUGUUGUAGUUUUUGGCCAUUUUCCUGUGGUCUUGUAAAAUGUUUGUACAGUCCUGAGUUAAAGUGAAAACAGCUUAACGUUUCAUAAGUUCUAAAUUGAACAGGGUAUGUAAUAAAAUCUUAAUUUUAA